AUGGCAGUAAAGGCAGUAAAGACCUCUGAGUCUUCCCACCUCUUUCUCUUUCCACCUCUCCCUCUUCCAACCUCUUUCUCUCUUUCCACCUCUCUCUCUUCCCACCUCUCUCUCUUUCCACCUCUCCCUCUUCCCACCUCUUUCUCUUUCCACCUCUCCCUCUUCCCACCUCUCUCUCUUUCCACCUCUCUCUCUUCCCACCUCUUUCUCUUUCCACCUCUCCCUCUUCCCACCUCUUUCUCUUUCCACUUCUUCCUCUUCCCACCUCUCUCUCUUUCCACCUCUCACACUUCCCACCUCUUUCUCUUUCCACCUCUCCCUCUUCCCACCUCUCUCUCUUUCCACCUCUCACACUUCCCACCUCUUUCUCUUUCCACCUCUCCCUCUUCCCACCUCUCUCUCUUUCCACCUCUCACACUUCCCACCUCUUUCUCUUUCCACUUCUCCCUCUUCCCACCUCUUUCUCUUUCCACCUCUCCCUCUUCCCACCUCUUUCUCUUUCCACCUCUCCCUCUUCCCACCUCUCUCUCUUUCCACCUCUCUCUCUUCCCUCUUUCUCUUUCCACCUCUCCCUCUUCCCACCUCUCUUUUCCACCUCUCUCUUCCCACCUCUUUCUCUUUCCACCUCUCCCUCUUCCCACCUCUUUCUCUUUCCACUUCUCCUCUUCCCCACCUCUCUCUCUUUCCACCUCUCACACUUCCCACCUCUUUCUCUUUCCACCUCUUCCCCCUUCCACCUCUUUCUCUUUCCACCUCUCCCUCUUCCCACCACUUUCUCUUUCCACCUCUCCCUCUUCCCACCUCUCUCUCUUUCCACCUCUCACACUUCCCACCUCUUUCUCUUUCCACUUCUCCCUCUUCCCACCUCUUUCUCUUUCCACCUCUCCCUCUUCCCACCUCUGCCUCUUUGCACCUCUCCCUCUUCCCACCUUUCUCUCUUUCCACCUCUCCCUCUUCCCACCUCUUUCUCUUUCCACCUCUCCCUCUCCCUCUUCCCACCUCUUUCUCUUUCCACCUCUCUCUCUUCCCACCCCUCUCUCUUUCCAACUCUCCCUCUUCCCACCUCUGCCUCUUUGCACCUCUCCUUUCCACUUCUCUCUCUUUCAACCUCCCCCUUUUCCCAUCUCUCUUUGA